AUGUUGGAUAAAUUAAAUCGGAAACAAUCAAAAGAAAGAAUUGUUACUAAGAUCCCAACUUCCAGGACUACCCAAAUAGAUAAAAAUCAAUUAGAGAAUACUCCCAAAGAUAAUGAAUCAAAUCAUGCUAAUAGAGGAAUUCAUCCUGAUGAAAGUUAUACUUCAGACACUUCAUUUGCACCAACAGUGCUUUCUUUGAUUGAAGAUGGGACUCUCACCCGAUCAUCAACAAAUCGUCAACGGCAUGGUAAAACAUCAUUCAAGAGUUUUUUCAGAACUAUGAGUUUAAAAGUCAAUUCAAAGACAAGAAACAAGGAACGGAAAACUCAAGAAGAACUAGCAGCAGAAAAAGCACUUGCUGAACUAAGAAACCUUCCUCGUAAUCCUCUUGAUCUUGAAUUGAAUGAACUUCAUGUCGCACUGAAUUUUAACGAAGUGAGAAAACUUAUUGACGAUAUAUUUAUUGAUGAAAAUCAGGAUGCUGCUUCUAGGGCAAUUAGAAUUAGUACACAAAACAAAAGUUUUAGUUCUAUGGAAAAACCUUAUGGUUUAACAAAGAUAAAGAGUUUACAAACUGAGGAUGAUUAUAGUCUACCUAUAACCUCGUUUAUUAUAGAAACUCUAGAAGAAAAUUCAAUCAAUAUUGAACCUUCACAACAUGAUAAUGCAACUACCAACACUGAUAUUUUGAUUGAGGCAGAGGACGAGAAGGAGGAAGAAGAAGAGGAAGAAGAAAUUUUGAAUUAUGAUGACCUUGAUGUUAUUAGUGAUAAUAUGAAUGAAACUGAUCCCGGAUCCUCCAUAAGCACCAGCAAUGAUAUGAUGAGUACUACCAAUGCCACUGAAAAUGGGCCAAUUAUUGUAGGGGGCAGCACUGAAAGAAUCGAUACAACUAACAUAGACAAAAGAAAACUUGUUGUUGUCAAUAGCACACCUAACGACAACGACUACUAUGCAACGAAUGACAUAAAUGCUAACUUUAUUACGCCUAGACCUUCUAAUGAAAGUGUUGAAACUCUUGCUGGCGUUUAUAAAGAUUAUGAGGCUACAGAUACGACCAACACAAAUGCGGAUGCAACCGAGGCUGCUGAUAUCAAUGCCGAGACUUCCAAUGCUAUUGAUACAACAACUAAUACUACCAAUGAAGCAAUUGCCAAUGCUGACACCACUAAUACUGGAAAUGCUAGCGAAGUUAUGAUUGACACGACAACAAGCACUACUGAUAAUGACGAAGAAGAAAUUGAAAAGACCACAGAUUCCAAUAUGGCUACCAAUGAUAAUGUUUCUGAUAAAAUAGCAAAUACAGAUGUGGAAUCUUCUAGUGAUAAUAGUUUUGAUGCUACUACAGCUAACACAACCAAUACUAACAAUUUCAAUAACAUUGAAGUAAACACAGAAGUUACCAACACCACAGUUGAUAAUACCACUAGUGCCAAGUUUGAUAGUACUGAUAUCAGUACUACUACUGCUACUGCUAUUCCUACUGCUGUUGAUGGAAUCCCUAUUGCUGAUGAAAUAACCAACACUGCGAACUCCAAUCGAAUUUCUACUGCCACUGUCGAUAGUUUUGUCGGGAAGACUGGUGAGAAUUAUGAAUCCUUCAUUACCAAUGCUGGUAAAGACUUCAAUGACAAUAAUGCAAAUUUGAAAACACCGACAGACAAUUCUACAACAGCAAAUUUACAGUCUGGUGCUUCAAUUAAAAAAUCUAAUACUAAAACUGGAUCUUCAGAACAAAAUCCAUUUCAAAAAAAACUUAUGAAUUAUUUAAACAGUUUGAAUUGA